AUGGACUUCGCACCCUACCAAGACCAAUCCCCCGAAACGACCCGCGCGCUCUCCCCACCCCCUCAAGCCCGCCGUUCCAUCUCCCCCGGCCGUCGCUCCUUCUCCCCAGCCCUCCAAUCCCCCACCAAGGCCUCACCCACGAAUAAUCCAUGGGCGCCGUCCCCGUCCGCGGCGGUGUUCAGCAACGAUGGGAUCGCGGAUGUGGAGAGUGGACGGACCGGGAGAUUGAAUGAGUUUGAGACUAGUUUGCCGAUAAGAUUGGAUUAUGAGGCGUGUUUGGCGUAUUUACUACUCCCGCCUGCUGGGGGAGUGUUGUUGUUGGUGGCGGAGAGGAAGAGUGAUUAUGUGCGAUUUCACGCAUGGCAGUCCUCGUUACUAUUCUCCGCGAUAUUCGUCUUACAUCUGAUAUUCUCCUGGUGGUCAUUUAUCUCGUGGGUGCUGUUUGCGGGGGAUAUAGCAUUGAUAGGAUAUUUGACUUUCAGAGCAUAUAGAGAUGCGGAUACACUUGAUCGAUGCGAGGUACCAUUCUUUGGGAGACUGGCGAGUAGUAUACUUGAUGAUGAGUAA